AAGUAAAUUAAUUAGGUAGCUAAUAAAAUAAAAUUCAUUACAUACAUACAAAAAGCAUAGGCGUUAACUACAAAGAAAUGCAAUACAUAAUAUAAGUUUGAUUAAUUAAUUGUGUGAAAAACAGAAGCAAUAUGGUGGUGAUUUUGAAGAUAUUUGCUUUAUUAGUAGUAAUCAUCCCUAAUGCUUAUAGUUUAAGCAGAGAUGAUUUCCCUUCUGAUUUUGUGUUUGGUGCUUCAACCUCUGCUUAUCAGGUUGAAGGUGCAGCAAAUAUAGAUGGCAGGAAGCCAAGCAUUUGGGAUACCUUCUCCCAUGGUGGAAAUGGGAAUAGGUACCAAGGUAAUGGAGAUAUUGCAUGUGACCAAUAUCACAAAUAUAAGGAAGAUGUGGAACUCAUGGCCAACAUGGGUUUAGAGGCUUAUAGAUUUUCAAUAUCAUGGUCAAGACUUAUUCCAGAUGGAAAAGGAUCAAUCAAUACCAAAGGACUACAAUAUUACAACAACCUUAUAAAUGAACUGAUAAGCCAUGGAAUCCAACCACACGUUACAUUACACCAUUGGGAUCUACCACAAAAACUUGAGGAUGAAUAUGGAGGAUGGGUUAAUCGAAGCGUUGUAAAGGAUUUCACUGCAUAUGCUGAUGUAUGCUUCAAAGAAUUUGGUGAUAGAGUUAUGUAUUGGACCACAGUGAAUGAGGCUAAUGUGUAUUCAAUUUUUGGCUAUGAUGCUGGAAGCUUACCACCUCAGAGGUGUUCUCCUUCCUUUGAAGCUAACUGCACAAGGGGAAAUUCCUCAACUGAGCCAUAUUUGGUAGCUCAUCAUAUUUUAUUAGCACAUGCUUCAGCUGCAAGAUUGUAUAGGAAGAACUAUAAGGGCACCCAACAUGGCUUUGUUGGGUUUAAUCUCCUUGCUUUUGGUUUUGCUCCACUGAAAAAUAAUAGUGAAGAUAUAAUUGCCACUAAAAGGGCCCAAGAAUUCAUCAUGGGGUGGUUUCUAAAACCAUUAACAUAUGGUGAUUACCCUGAUAUAAUGAAAAAGAAUGCUGGUUCAAGGCUUCCUUACUUCACCAAAAAGGAAUCAAAUCUUGUUAAAGGCUCAAUUGACUUCUUAGGGAUAAACUUUUACUACUCAUUUUAUGUCAAGAACAAAAGUCCUAGCAUCAUGCACAAGGAGAAUAGAGAUUACAUGGAAGAUAUGAAUGUGGAAACUAUACAAAUUACACCAAAUGAUACAUUAACGUAUGAGGUUCCGAUUACAACAUGGAGUUUGAAAGGUGUGCUAGACUGGGUGAAGAACAAAUAUGGAAAUUUUCCAAUUUACAUACAUGAAAAUGGCCAACAAACACUUCGUAAUUCAUCAUUGGAUGAUUGGCAUAGGGUGAAAUACUUGUAUGAAUACAUUGGAAGCAUGUCAAUUGCACUAAGGAGUGGAUCAAAUGUAAAAGGCUAUUUUGUAUGGUCCUUGUUGGAUGCAUUCGAAUUAUUGGGUGGAUAUGAACUAAGUUAUGGCCUAUAUUACAUAGAUAUGAAUGAUCCAAGUUUGAAGAGACAGCCUAAACUCUCUGCUAAAUGGUACUCAAAUUUUCUUAAGAGAAAACCUAUGGACCCAAAGAUUGCCAUUGCAAUUCAGAAGAAUGCACUUUUGCCUUCGCACACAUCAUUACUACAUGAUGCCAAGUAAUCUCUAGUUUGGGAUUAGAAUUUUCUGCUUUGUGCUAUCAUGUGAAUGAAUAAAAGAACAUACUUUAUGAUGUCAAAUAGAAAACAUAGUAGAUUUUUAUGUCAAUGUGAUGUACAUGUCUAAUAAGAUAGUAGAUGGUGAAGAUGCUUAGCUUUAUUUUGCAUGUGCUUAAACUCUAUAAUGUUUAGUUUGAUUCCAGUGAAAUUUCUCACAUUCUAAGUGUGUAUAUAAACCCAUAAGUUCUAUAUUAUUAAUUGUUUGGUUCAA